AGACGCAAAAAUGGGUGACGGAAGAAUUUACCAGGUGGACCUUGAAGAGUUGAUAGAGAACUACACAUGGAAAUGUUACAAACACGACAAGGGAUUUCUUAAAGGAUUAUUCCUGCGCAGAAGCAAUUAUGUGUUCGACAUAAGAUGGGGAUAUGUCGACUUCAAGCACGAGACCAAUCCAGACGAAAAGAAACAACAAACUGGUCAGUCGAGUACGAAGGACACAACUAAGACUGGUGAGACAUCUAAUGAUGAAGGUGCUUCAGGUAUUGAUGCCCAGGUGAAAGAAUUAGUACCUCAAGCCAAUCAAGCUAACAAAAAAGAUGUUGAACUUUAUUUUUCAGAAUACGAAAAUGAAACAGGAACACCUCAAAAAUAUACAUUUACAGCAACAAGACAAACAACCACUUCAACAAGGUUUGAAUUACAAGAAAGUUACAAAAUUGGAGCGGAAACAAAUCUUGAAAUCAAUCUUGCAGAAAUUGUAAAGAUUGGUGCAAAAAUGAGUGGAGAGUUUUCGGUAACUAAAACGAAAGCAGAGGAAUUCUCAAAAACUCUUACAUGGAAUAUAGACACUGAAAUUGUAGUUCCAAGUUGGAAUAAAGCCAAAGCUUCCCUUUACGUUUACGAAAUUCCAACAAAAGCAGAUUUUGUUGUUAAAACAACAAUUAGCCUUCCCACCGGUAAUUUACCGGUCACGAUUCGACGUGUAAAGGAUGGGAAAGAAGUCCACACAGAAUGGAUAAACGAUUUAGAUGUGCUAUUUGAUGAAGAUUACAAAAACAGAAGCAGUGUUGAGGUAAUUCCAUUGAGAGUUAUAAAGGACAAUGGCGAUGAAGUGAUGGAAAAUCAUAUCGUCUUGACGACACGUGGUGUUUGCAAAAAUGUGUCCUUUAAGAACCAGCAUGUGAAAGUAGAGUGUAAAAAGAUUAAAGGGGCGCCAAAAUCUGCAACAGACAACAAGGACGGGGGAGAAUAGAAAAUGAUAGCUGCACAGUUGGCAUCAUGAUUGUGUGCACUGUAAAUGAACGAAAAUGCCAUAAAAAUUAUAUAGACAAGAGAAAUAACGUUGUGAUAUAGACUACUGUGUGAAACUUUCUAGCUCAAGCUUUUCGUUUUUUUUAAAAGUUUUAUUACAUAACCAGUUAGUGAAAAAACUGUUCAUGGAGUAACUGUAUAAUAUUUUAAGA